CGAGGGCGCAAACUUCACACACGUGGAAAUAUUUGCAAUGAUUUUAAUUUAAUCUUAAACGUUAUGCCAAUGUAAAACUUAGUUGCCAUGGUGACAGAUAAGGAUAAGCAUUUUAAAGAAUCCAAUAAUCCAAACAUUCUACGAUGUAAAUGCAUUGUUUUAGGUGAUUCAUCUGUUGGAAAGACAUCAAUGAUUCAUAUUUUUAAUAAUGACAGCAGUACUUUUCAGAAAAAUUACACAAUGACUUGUGGUAUUGAAUUGACUGUUAAAUCUGUACAUGUUCCUGAUACAAAUGAUUUAGUAGAACUAUACAUUUACGAUUCUUCUGGCAAAGAAAUUUAUUUAGAUAUGAUGCAGAAUUUGUGGAAAAAUCCAUCUGUACUGGUGUUGGUUUUUGAUGUAACCAACGAAAUAUCUUUCAAUUCUUGUUCAAAAUGGUUGAAGAAAUUUCACUCAGCUACUUCUUCUAAAGCUAAUGCAAUUCCAGGAAUAUUAAUUGGCAAUAAAGUUGAUUCCAAAGAGAGAAGAAUUAUUUCUUUAAAAACUGCGCAAGAGUUUGCUAAGAAAUAUUCGCUGCAAUAUUUUGAAUGUUCUGUGAAAGAACAUCAAGGUGUAGACGAAGCAUUUUUCUAUCUUGUAAAUGAGUGGCAUAAAUUAUUUCAAGAAAAAACUGAAUUUUUCAAGACGAUCUCAUAAAUAAUUGCAAAAUUAAUUAUUGUUAAUGUAAAUAUAAAGUUUUAAUUUAUAAAUGAAUAAAUAA